AUGCUCGGUCUCAGUUUCUACCACGCCGAGCUCGCCAUAGCCCAUCUCAUCAAUGGAAUACUCGCAGGCGUCGCAGUCGCGACUCGCAUUUACGUCAAGAUCAAGACCAAACAGGGCAUCAAAGCCGACGACUUAUCCAUAUUUCUAACCCUAUUCUUCUACUACAGCGCCAUCGUGACCGUCUUACGAGGCAAAUAUCCCGGCAUCUCACAGGCUCCAGAAGUUUUCUAA